UGUAUUUAUUGAUAAUUCUGUUACACGUAAAUGAAGAUGAUAAGCUAUAUAUUCAAAUACAAGAUAAAUAUUGAGACUAAAGAAUAUCUUCUGGAUUUAUCCUUAGCCAAUUCGAUCUUCUUCUUGGUUGAUGAGUGUUGAUCAUUAUCUUCAAGACUUCAACAGAUUCCUUGGUAUCACUUGUUGGUGUUUGUUGAGUGAUACAAAGGCCGGCGGAUGGGAUUUGGCGCUUUCAACUUCCAUUGUCACCCACAGCAGCCAAGAGAUUGAGAUCCGCCAAAGCCGCGGCCGCCGGAGAAGAAGAAGAAGGAUGGCAAUGUCGUACUAUCUCCCAGAUGAAAUGGUGCUCGACAUCCUCCAGAGACUCCCCGUGAAAUCCCUAGUCCGAUUCAGAUGCGUUUCCAAAUCAUGGAACUCUCUCAUCACAAGCCCUGCCUUCAUCCAUUCACAUCUCAAUCGAUCGAUUCCAAACACUCCCCCACACACAAUCUUCAUAGUAAGGCACUGCGUUUCUAAUCCCCAUAGAGAGCUCGAGAGAGAGCCCUACAAAUUGUUCGCAUUCGACGAGUGUGGCGAAUUGGAUUUGCCCAUAAAAAGCCGCAGUCUUAAAAAUUUUAGGUUAAUUGGUUCUGAAAACGGUCUGAUGUGCUUUGUAGGAGAUAAGCAAUUUAUUCUUUGGAACCCAUCCAUUCGAAAAGUCGUGAAUCUUCCAGAACCUUGCAUUACGACCGAAAGGUAUGGCAGGAUGCCGUGUAACGAAGCCUUCGGAUUUGAUUUGCGGACCAACGAUUAUAAGAUAGUGAGAAUUGCAUUUCCUUAUUCGUACAGUGCGAUGCUGGGGGGACCUUUGGUUGAAGUUUACUCUGUUAGCACAGGCUCGUGGAGAAUAAGCAGUGCCACGUUUCCUUAUUCGGUUACUGUUACUGAUUGGUUCAACCCCAAAGCUUGCUUAAAAGGCUCUAUCCAUUUUGCAGGACAUAUUCGAGGGUAUGCGACUGUAUUUUCAUUUGAUCUGCGUGAUGAACUGUUUCGCGAAAUGAUCUUGCCAAAGAGUAUGGUCCCCUUGAACACUGAUAUUGAUGUUGGUAUUGUUACUCGUGUAUUUAAGGGAUCUCUUGCUCUGUUAUGUUAUCAUAAGCAAGCAACGAGAAGGGGUUGUUGUUCCAUAUGGGUGAUGAAGGAGUAUGGCGUGGUUGAUUCUUGGGUGCAACAAUUCACUAUUGAUAUAGCCGGAGGAAUUGAGAAUGUUCUAGGUUUCUCGAAGAAUGGUCAUAUAAUAUUGGAGGCCCGAAAAAUUGGUUGGCCUGGUUAUUGGGAGCACUUUUCCUACGACCCUGAAAGCCAAGAAGCUACAAAUUUGGGAAUGCAUGACCACACAUUUUGGGUUGACACUUACAAGGAGAACCUUGUCUUACUCAACCAAGCAAACGAUCUAGUUUCUGAAAGUAGCGUGACCAAGAAGAGGAAGAAUAGCAAGCUCAACUGUGCGUUAGAGGAGAUGAUAUGACAUGAACAAGUUGUGGAAGGAAAAAUUGGACCGUACGUUGGAGGAUAUGAAACGGCAAGAUCAGUUGCUUAAGGAAAAAUUGGAGGAUGUGAAACGGAAAUCAGAGGAGGUUCAAAGAAAGAUUUCCAGGCAGAAAAAUUUGAAGAAAAAAGUGGAGUCUCUAGCAAGACAGUUUCAAGUGGAAAUAGAUUUCCUGGAAAGACAGCUGAAGGAAAAAAUGGAAUAUGAAGUCAGAGAGCUUGAGGAAAAAAUAAAACAAGAGUUACAAGAGCUUAAACAAGAGUUACAAGAGCUUAGGAGAACAUUUGUGACAUAGUUCCAGCAUCAUAGUAACUAAGAUUACAUUUAUUUCUAAACAUUUUUAAAGAGAAAGGAAUGAUAGAAGUUUUGAAGACCAGGAGAGGAAGUGAAACUAAAGUCUUUUGUUAAUACUCUUUACCAUUGGAUAGUUGCAUUACACUAUCUUAAUUUGCUUCUUUCUUCAUUCUUUUUAUUUUUUUAUUUUUUAUUUUUUAAUUUUUCUUCUGUGUUUUGGUUCUAGUUCUAUAUCUUGUAUACUUUUUGUAUACUUGAUUUGCAUC